AGCUGAUGAAAUACAUCUGUAAACAGCUGCAGUGCAAGCAGAAAGUGCCAGAGACAGAGAGGCCCGAGGCCCUGGACAGCUACCCACACUUGGGAGACUGGCUACGCACCAUCAACCUGCGACCGGAGCUCAUAGAGACAGUGGAAACAAAGUUGUCCCUGGAUGCCUUACUGCAGAUGACAGGUGCUCAGGUGAGGGAUACACUACGAAGACUUGGGUUCAGUUCAGAGGAUUGUGCCAGGCUCGGUGCUGCCCUCUCCUGUCUGAAGAGUGCCACUGAAUCAGGAGGUGAACUGAGGGAAGACUGCAGUCCCUGGUUGUCUGAGCCCACAAGGAGGGACAGUGGCUCACUACUAACUGCAGACCAGCUACCUAGCCUGGGGACGCCACUCCGGCCUCACAGUCCCUCACCUCUUGCCCGCCCAUCCACCAUUCAUUCCACCCCAUCCACCCCCUGCGCUACCUUCCCUCAUCCCCGCUCGGGCUCGGUGUCAGCGGUACCCACACCUGAGGCGCUAGCAUCAUAUGUCCACUGUGAAAGCCCUCUUACGGAUCCAUUCCCGAUGUCCUUAGCUCACGCAGCUAGGCUCCACGGACACACUUCCACCCCACCCAUAACUCCGCCCUCGAAGAGGCGUCACCGCCUGAAGCCCCCUUGCACCCCUCCGCCUCCGUCACGCAAAGUGCUGCAUCUACUUCCCAACAUCACCCUGACACGCAGCAAAAGCCACGAGUCCCAGCUGGGCAACCGCAUCGAGGAACCACCUACCAACAAGUGUGUUAAAAAGAGUAAGUUGCUCCAGAAUAUGCAAGUCAACGGGAAUGGAUGUGAGGACUCGCCUUCUCGUUACCCUGUCAUGUCUGCGCGCACCCCUGGAGUCACCCCGGCUGCCACCACUGCAUCUUACACCCUCCCUGGCACGCCCACCCUCCUAGAAGAACACAGCACCAUUAAGAAUAAUGCAGCAGUGCAUCGCAGCUCCCCACAAGCAGUGAGGAGGGACAUAGGCCUGUCCGUCACACACAGGUUUUCAACCAAGUCCUGGCUGUCCCAGACAUGUCAGGUGUGCCAGAAGAACAUGAUGUUCGGGGUGAAAUGCAAACACUGUCGAUUAAAGUGCCACAACAAAUGCACAAAAGAAGCCCCAUCCUGCAGAAUCUCCUUUCUACCGAUCGCCAAAAUUCGGAGGACUGAGUCUGUUCCGUCUGAUAUAAACAACCCUGUGGACCGGCCGCCAGAAGCACCACAGUUCGGCACACUACCAAAGGCCAUCACAAAAAAGGAUCAUCCUCCAGUGCUGAACCAGUUGGACUCGAGCAGCAAUCCGUCCUCCACCACCUCAUCCACGCCCUCCUCCCCAGCACCCUUCCAGCAGAGCAACCCCCCCAGCGCCACUCCACCGCCCAACCCCUCGCCCAAAGGCCAUCGGGACAGCCGGUUCAACUUCCCAGCUGCCUGCUACUUUCAGCAUAGACAGCAGUUUAUCUUCCCUGAUGUCUCCAGUCCUGCUUAUUUGCACCCCGAUGUCCUCCAAGACACUGUCAGUGAGAUAGAACAAUCAGUGGAUGACAUUCAUGCCGAGCUGGUAGAAGACGAAGAUGAAGAGGAAGGUGAGGAGGAAAUUGAGGAUGAAGAUGAAGACCAAGAAGCAGAGGAGGAUAAUGAGGAAGAAGAGGAGGAGAAUGAGUACGAAGGGGAAGAUGAGGAUGACGGGGAGGAAAUUAGGAUGAACGUUGGCUCAGACGGUGAGUGCGAUGAGCUGGAUGAUCUGCCCAGCUCUCGGGGAAACCAGUGGAAGGGCCCCAUCUCCCGCAAGGCCAGUCAGACCAGUGUCUACCUGCAGGAGUGGGACAUCCCCUUUGAGCAGCUGGACCUUGGAGAACUCAUAGGAAAGGGCCGUUGGGGCAAAGUGCAUAAGGGUCGUUGGCACGGGGAGGUAGCUAUCAGACUUCUGGAGAUUGAUGGGAACAAUCAGGACCAUCUCAAGCUCUUUAAAAAGGAGGUGAUGAACUACAGACAGACUAGGCACGAGAAUGUGGUUCUCUUCAUGGGGGCCUGCAUGGCUCCACCCCACCUAGCCAUCAUCACCAGUUUCUGCAAAGGGAGGACACUGUAUUCAGUUGUUAGAGACACUAAAAACACCUUGGAUAUUAAUAAGACAAGACAAAUUGCUCAGGAGAUUGUAAAGGGAAUGGGCUAUCUGCACGCUAAAGGCAUUGUUCACAAAGACUUGAAGUCAAAGAACGUUUUUCAUGAUACCAAUAAAGUCGUGAUCACAGACUUCGGGCUGUUUGGGAUCUCUGGAGUUGUUCAGGAGGGGAGGCGUGAGAACAAACUAAAACUUCCACAUGGCUGGAUUUGUUAUCUCGCACCAGAAAUUGUGCGCAGGAUGAGCCCAGGUAACAAUGAGGACCGCCUUCCUUUUUCCACCUCAGCAGAUGUGUACGCCUUCGGCACCAUUUGGUAUGAGCUUCAAGCUAGGGACUGGCCAAUCACCAACCAGCAUGUGGAAGCUACCAUCUGGCAGGUGGGGAGUGGAGAGGGCAUAAAGAAGGUCUUGGCGGAGAUCAGCCUUGGCAAGGAGGUCACUGAGAUCCUCUCUGCCUGCUGGGCUUACGACCUGAGAGAGAGGCCGACCUUCACCCAGCUGGCCGACAUGCUGGAGAAGCUGCCCAAACUAAACCGUAGGCUGUCACACCCCGGACACUUCUGGAAGUCUGCAGAGUUGUAGCAGUCACUCUGAAACAUAAGCAAUGCAAAACAAAGCCUGGGUCUGCCUUGCAUGCUCCUGUAUCCUUAACUCUUGCAGGAUUGAUUAAAGCAUUGCCUCUGCCUGAAACAGACAUUGCUUCCACUAAUCCACAGGCUGAUCUUCCGUGUCUAACUGUUGCGUUUUCUUAUUGGGAAAAGAAGAUCGGUGGAGUGAGGUGUGGCAGGUGCCAGGUUCUUGUCCUUUACGUUUUCCUUCCUUUCGUCUAAUCUCUUUGCCUUCCUUUUGGUUUUGUUUUGUAAUGUUGUUCGGGACUCUGAGGCUUGUGAAUAACUGGCUUGUGGUGUCUGUGCUAAGACUGACUGGUGUGCUGUGGUCAAUACCUGCCGAUGGCUGCCCUGUCCUCGGCCCGCUCACCUUCUCUGUGCUGCUGUGAUGUGGUUGUUCUCUCAAAGCGGGGGGCUGACCACGUGGCUCUUUUUCUCUCUGAAACAUGCACACACAAACAAACACACUGCUGGACAUAAAAAUGGACCCUGCAACUGAAUGGACAGCUUCAUUAAUCUUUGUUUUCCCUGAGGGAAACUCAUGUUGGAAAGGCUGCUUGAGGGGUGUUCUAAAACCAACUGCCUCUCCGCUCUUCUCUCUCUUUUUACUGUUUGUGUGACGGCAUGUGCUGAGACAUGUCAAGACACAGUAUGCACUUUGUGAACAGGAAAAAAAAAUAAUCAUGAACUCUUUUUGUUGUCAUUGUUGUUGUUUAGUUUUGGUUUUGAAUAGUCAUAUUUGCAGUGUUUUCUUUUUUUCUUCAGGAGGGUCUCAGAGGCUUGGCCAGUGUGAUUUGCUCACUUGUGUGUUGUCUUUUUGGAGUAUAAACUGUUAAAUUUACUGUUUAUAGGAUGAAUUUAAAAACAGGACUUCUGUAUGCUAAACACAAUGAAAAGAGGCAGGUGAAAUAUUCCCUUCAUCAUUCACAAUCCACAUGGGAACAGAAUAAUGCUGGCUAUUUAUGAUUGAAGACUUUUUAAUAAUAAUGUCCAUCCAUUGAAGUGUAAAGUGCACCUUAUGAGAAUAUGAGUUAUUUCAUGAUUUCAUUCUCUGCGUGAAAAAAAGAGAAAUCGGGAACCUGGCGCAAAAGUGUCCUAUAUCUUCCUAAAACAUUACCUCUUGUGCGCGCUUGUGUAUACUGUUUGUGAUUGCUGGCUUCAGUUGGCGUGCUUGUAUUUAUGUUGUGUGUGUGUAUAUGUGUGUGUGUGUGUGUGUGUGGGGGGGGGAGGGGUGCACGUGCGACUUGAGCGUACUGUGUUGGAAUAAGUUUUUUUUGUGUGAAAGACUGCUGUCGUGUUGUGUCGCAAAUCCAAUGGUAUGUAAUGUACAUACAUUAUUUAAUGUAUAGCAAAUGAACAUGAUUCUUCUAAUAUUUGUAUAAACAUUUUAUAUGUAAAAUACAUCACAACAUUUUUGAAUAGGUACUGCUAUGGCUAUGACAGAUGUGUAUAUAUAUUUAUAUUUUUUUCAUGUAUAAAAGCUGUACAAUUUUUUUAGAAUGGGCCAAUACAUGUUUUUUUAUGUUGUAAAAAUUCAUAUUUUUGUAUUGCAUGUGACUACCAUUCUGUACACGCAGUUUCUGUUUUCAUCCAUGGAAGACAAUAAAAUAAGGCUUGUCAUGUAACAAUA